GUUUCGAUUGGACUCUUGUAUUACAAUAUAAGAGUGAUUCCACCCCAAAGAAGAAGCGGCCACUCCCGGGGAGUUGUCCACGAAUUGUCCCGGAUAUUUAAGCAAGCGCUGCUCCCGGGGCUAGUCACACGCACAAUAAACAGGUCAGAGACAAUGUGGACUUAUUCUCAAGCGACUCUUCUCCUGCUCUUCGCUAAAUAUCUUUGUGGUCUGCAUACAGACCAACAGCAGACUGCGGCCCAGUAUCCAGAACAAAUAAUAACAGACACUGGCAACUCAGCUCAAGUAUACUGCAUUCACACAUUACCUGGACUUGAUCAUUCCAACAGCAUUGUGUACUGGCUAAGAAAGUAUCCUACGUUAAACACAAUUACUACAUUUAGAGGAAAUUCAAUGAUAUAUGUCUCCAAAGAGUAUCAAGAUAGAGUUACAGUUCAAGGAGAGAUAAGAGGGAAUAUUUCUCUUUUGAUCAAGAACCUGACAGUAAUUGACUCUGGAGUUUAUGCAUGUGAGAUUGUCAAGACUAAUCCACCUCCAUCACGGGUACAGAAAGGAACUGGAACUAACAUCACAGUGACAGACAAAGAACAAGCAGCCAUACAGUAUCCAUCGGAGAUAAAAGCAGAAGCUGGAAGUUCUGCUCAGAUUUAUUGCAUUCACUCCCUCCCUAAACUUGAUGAUUCAAACAGCCUUGUGUAUUGGUCAAAAUCCUAUCCUUCAUCAAAUCAAGUAAUGUCAUUAAGAGGAAACCAUAUUUUACACAUAUCAGAUGAGUUUCAAGGCCGAGUACAGGCUUAUGGUGAGAUAAGCUACAAUAUUUCUCUGCUGUUGAAGAAUCUCUCUGUGAAUGACUCAGGAGUCUAUAUUUGUGAAGUGGUAAAAACAAGCCCACCUCCCACACGUAUGCAAAAAGGAAAUGGGACCUUUAUCACAGUGACUGAGGCAGAUUACACUACUUCAUCAUUGCAGCUGACUUCAAGAAAAAGACAAAGUAUUUUCACAGUAACAAACAUAUGCGUUGUUGGUGGUUUGAGCGUUUUUCUUCUUGUGACAAUAAUACUACUUGGCGUAUUGCUUUAUGCAAGGGUCAGGAGACACAGGAGCCUAUUACAGCUCAGUGCACAGUGCCAGGAACGUGAUAAAAGUUCUUUUUUGGCAGAUUUAAAGGAGAAUAUGUAUGUUGAUGGAACAAUGGAGGACACUAUCCAUUGCGAUGUGUACCAGGAACUUAUCAUCACAAAGACUCCGGUUUAUGACACACUGUUGGUAAAAUCUUCAAACCAAGACCAUCACUAAGAAAAUCUAAAAAUAAGCAAUAAAAAACAGCAACAAAAGAGCACCUAAGGUGAGCUUAGAGAGCAAUUCUGUUAAAACAAUGAACAUUUAUAUAAGGAAACUGCCACAAACCCUUACAGAGAUUGUGACUAUGACUUGAAUCAUUUGUUCAGACUUGAUUUUCUAAAUAUACUAUAUAUUGUAUUCUGUUUAAGAUCAUUUUUGAUUGCCCUGCCAUGAUUUUUGUGGCUUUGACUAAGGUGUUCAACAGUAAAUCUCAAAUGACCAGUUUAAGUCUCCAAAUUGUCACAAAGUCUUCAAGUUAUCCCUCUGAAAAACAAUAUAUAAGCCAUUCAAUUUGUAAAUCACUGAAUAUAAGCAAUAUGGAAAGGUAAAUCAUCUGACUGUGUUUAGGUUUCGUGAUAUUAAGGUGAUCGUUAUGUAUUUUGACAUUUGGUCUUAUCUUAGAAUGGCAAAAUGUUUAAUAUUAUAAUCAUUUCUAUUCACAAAUUUCAAGUGCUAUUUCAUCAUUAGAUUUUUUUGCUAAGAUUUCUUCAUUAAAUGUAAAAUAUGUACUCUUCUGUAUAUCAUGUUAGGUAACAGUAUUUUAAUCAAAACAGCAAAUUCUGUUAUCCUUUAAUUUACUGCUUCAAGGACCAGGAAUAUUGCUUUUGAAUGCAAUUAGUUUACUGAUACACACAAAUCAAAUGUUGUGCUUUUUAUUUUAGUACAAUAAAUCUUUUUAAUGGCA